GUGCCACGUCCUGGCGCAGGCGCGGUGCUGCUGACAGCGGCGAAGCGGCGGCGGCGGCGAAGGGAGCGGGGUCGGCGCCAAGAUGAACUUCCUGCGGGGCGUCAUGGGCGGGCAGAGCGCGGGCCCGCAGCCCUCCGGCGCCGAGACGAUUCAGAAACUGUGCGACAGAGUCGCCUCCUCAACCUUGCUUGAAGAUCGCAGGGAUGCUGUGCGGGCACUUAAGUCGCUUUCAAAGAAAUACCGCUUGGAAGUUGGGAUUCAAGCCAUGAACCACCUUAUCCGUGUUCUCCAGACAGAUCGUUCAGAUUCUGAAAUAAUCGGCUAUGCUUUGGACACACUCUACAAUAUCAUAUCUAAUGAUCUGGAAGAAGAGGAGCAAGAAGAAAAUUCACAGAAGCAAACGGAAGACCUUGGAAGUCAAUUUACAGAGAUUUUCAUUAAGCAACAAGAAAAUGUUACUCUUCUGUUGACCUAUUUAGAAGAGUUUGAUUUCCACGUCCGGUGGCCUGGAGUGAAGCUUCUGACAGCACUGCUGAAACAGCAGGGCCCCCAGGUGCAGCAGGUCAUCCUGGUCAGCCCGAUGGGUGUCUCGAGGUUGAUGGACCUGCUGGCAGACUCCAGAGAGGUUAUACGGAAUGAUGGUGUCUUGCUACUUCAACAGCUGACAAAAAGUAAUGCAGCUAUCCAGAAAAUAGUUGCUUUUGAGAAUGCCUUUGAAAGAUUGCUGGAUAUCAUAACCGAAGAGGGAAACAGCGAUGGAGGCAUAGUUGUGGAGGAUUGUCUUUUUCUGUUACAAAACCUGUUGAAGAACAACAAUUCAAAUCAAAAUUUCUUCAAGGAAGGUUCCUACAUUCAGCGUAUGAAGCCAUGGUUUGAAGUUGGGGAUGACAAUGCUGGGUGGUCAGCACAGAAAGUAACUAAUCUUCACCUGAUGCUCCAGCUGGUCCGGGUGCUGGUGUCCCCUACAAAUCCCCCUGGUGCUACCAGCAGUUGCCAGAAAGCCAUGUUUCAUUGUGGGUUGCUUCAGCAGCUUUGUAUAAUUCUGAUGGCCACUGGUGUUCCUGCGGAUAUUCUUACUGAGACCAUUAACACUGUGUCAGAGGUCAUUCGUGGGUGUCAAAUGAACCAAGACUACUUUGCUUCGGUAAAUGCCCCUUCGAAUCCACCAAGGCCUGCAAUUGUUGUGUUGCUGAUGUCCAUGGUCAAUGAAAGGCAGCCCUUUGUGUUGCGGUGUGCUGUGCUAUACUGUUUUCAGUGUUUCUUGUACAAGAACCAGAAGGGGCAAGGAGAAAUUGUGUCCACACUUCUACCUUCAACCAUUGACGCAACAGGGAAUUCGGUCUCAGCCGGCCAGCUGCUGUGUGGAGGGCUCUUCUCCACAGACUCCCUCUCCAACUGGUGUGCUGCUGUGGCGCUGGCCCACGCUCUGCAAGAAAACGCCCCUCUGAAAGAGCAGCUGCUCCGGGUGCAGCUGGCGACCAGCCUUGGGAACCCACCCGUCUCCUUGCUCCAGCAGUGCACCAACAUUCUGUCUCAGGGCGAUAAGAUCGACAGACGGGGAAGCAAAGUGCAGACAAGAGUUGGACUCUUAAUCCUGCUGUGCACCUGGCUGAGCAACUGCCCCAUUGCUGUGACGAAUUUUUUGCACAAUUCUGCCAACGUUCCAUUUCUCACAGGACAGAUAGCAGAAAACCUUGGCGUAGAAGAACAUGUCGUCCAGGGGCUGUGUGCACUUUUACUUGGGAUUUCCAUUUAUUACAAUGACAACUCACUGGAGAAUUAUCAAAAAGAGAAACUCAAGCAACUGAUAGAAAGAAGGAUUGGCAAGGAGAACUUCAUUGAGAAGCUGGGAUUCAUUAGCAAACAUGAACUCUAUUCCCGAGCAGCUCAGAAACCACAGCCCAACUUCUCCAGUCCAGACUACAUGAUGUUUGAUCAUGAAUUUACUAAACUGGUAAAAGAACUGGAAGGUGUUCUGACAAAGGCGAUUUAUAAGACUACUGAAGAGGAUAAAAAGGAAGAAGAGGUGAAGAAGACAUUAGAGCAACAUGAUAACAUUGUGACACACUACAAAAGUGUCAUUCGAGUCCAGGAUCAGGAGCUGGAAGAAUUGAAGAAGCAAGUAGAGUCUUUAAAAGUGCAGAAUGAACAUCUGCAGGCGACAGUCACGCAGCAAGUGUCACAAAUCCAACAGCACAAGGACCAGUACAAUCUGCUGAAAGUGCAGCUAGGAAAGGACAGUCAGCACCACAGUUCCUGCAACGAUGUGGCCCAGAUGAAUGGCGUCCAGCCAGAAGAGCUGAGCAGAUUGCGGGAAGAGGCGGAAGAAUGGCAGCACAAACUGGCACGGUUGGAGGAACAGCUGAGAGAAAAGGACUCCUUGAUUGAAACCUUGAAGUUUUCAUCACCAGCUGUGGGAACAAUGGAGGGGUCUUCACAGACGAAGAGUGGUCUUGAGGUGGAGAGUGACCUGCACAGGGAAGUGGAAACCUUGAAAGCCCAGAUCCACUUGCAGACAAUAGAGAUCGCUGCGCUUCAGACUGAAAAGCAAGAACUGCUUCAGCAAAUGCAUGCAACACCAGCCCCUGUGCCAGGAGACAGCAGCACACAGACAGCUGACCUGGAAGGAAGAAUCAUGGGACUCUUGCAGGAGACGAAAGAAUUAAAGAAUGAAAUUUUAGGUCUCGCGGAGGCAAGGACUUUGCUGAAACAGCAGCUGGACUCAGCCAACAGCACCGUGGCUGUUUUGCAAACAGAGAGGAGUGCGUUGCAGCAGGAAGUAGCCGAAUCCAAGAAAGAGCAGGAUGACCUUCUGGUUCUUCUGGCUGACCAGGAUCAGAAAAUAAUUGCCCUGAAGAAUAAGCUCAAGGAACUUGGAGAGCCGGUUGAAGAUGAGGACGACACUGAAUCUGGUGACCAAGGUGAGGAAGAUGAAGAAGAUGGAAAAGAAGAGGGAGAAGAUUAAUUGUGUUCUGAUGUUUCAAAUGUGGGAAUCUCAUAUUGCAUUGAGACAAGAUACAUUCAUGGCCUUGUGAUGCAGAAUACCUAGUUCAGGAAGGAGCAGAAGAGUCACUAAAUCUACUCUCGAGUUUCUGAUCAUUUAUAGCCAGAAGUGAAGACCAGUUUUAAGUUUCCUGUCCACAUCAGAAGCCUUUCUGGGGGCUGCCAAAGCAUGAAAGAUGACCAUGUGGUGAACUUUGCGUGUUGCCAUUUGCAUCUGUUCAAUAUGUUUGUCACUUCAUUCUUUUGGAGCUCUGAUGUGAUUAAAUAUGUUGUGUUUGUGGUUUCACAUCUGUCGAAUAGAAUCUUUGCUUCCUGAAUUUGACACGGAGAGAUCUUGUGGCGUCUUCCUUGCUACUUCUUGUGCUGAAUGGGACAGGCCAAGAGGAAGUGGUUCCCUUUUGAUUUCCUGCUCAGCUGAUCUCAGCAUAGAGUGCCUUGACCCCUGACAUGGCUGCAUUCUCCACCUUCGGAAGCCCGCUGGCGAUGGGGAGAGAGUGCCGGAGUGAUGAAGCAGUAUUUGGUAGCAUUUUAAAGCAAUUUUUUUUUUGAAAACUCAUGAGAAAUUUUAACAUGCUGCCAGGUACUCGCUUUAAAAAAACAAGCUUUUGUUCUAAAGGUGGCAUGGGUUGAUUAUAAUUUAUUGGCUCUCGUGCCUAAUGGAUAAGAUUUUUAAAAGAAAAACGAAACACAGUUGUUGCACCAACUUGCUGUUUUGGUAAUAAAAAUAGAUGCUAAAACCA